AUGAAAGCUUCAAACUCAACUUUAAUUCCAACUGUACAACAGCAUUCGGGUCAAUUGCCUUCGAAUUCACGAAUUCAAACUGAACCACAACAGCAACCAGUACUAUCCUCAACGAAAAAAACUAAACGAAGAAAAAAAUGUCAUGGUAAUCGUAAACUACAACGUUUUAGAAAGAAAUGCUAUAAACGUGGUCUGACCAAAGAAGAAACACAACACUUAAUUAAUGAAUAUAAUCAUAAUAAUCCAGAUCAAAAUCAAACUAAUAGUCAAAAGAAGAUACAAGCAACAGCAAUUGAACAAAUAGACGUUUCCACUGACUUGAAUUCUAAUUUAAAUGGAAACGAAGCAACAACAUCAAAAUCAAAUAAACGUAAACAACAGCAAAGGACACCCUCAUUAAGUCAACGAUCAAGUUCACAUGCCAUAGUUAAAAGAAUGAAGAGAAACAAAUCAUCCCAAAUUACUAUGACUCCAUUAAAGCCAAGUUAUAAAUUACCAAUCUACUUGAAAGCACAUCCAAAGCUACUAUUUAAAAAUUUACGUAUAUUAUUAAAGCAUACCUUAAAAACAAAAUGUGCACGACAAUUUCUUCAUUGUCGACUUCAAUUAUUGGAUCAAAAAUGUCGUCUUGAGCUUCGUCAAAACUUAUGGCAAUCAUAUUUAAAUUUAGGAUCCGAAAAGGAAGUGUGGCCAAAUUCAGUAAUGAAAAUGGCAAAAACCAAUGAACAUAUAGUGUGUGAACAAUUUGUGAAGCAACAUCUCAAUGGAAUGAAAAUUAAAUUUGAUCAAUUUACCAAUGAAUUAAGAAUACAAUUGCAAUCAUGUCCAAAAACACUAUUACGGUUAGAAUCCACUCUCGACCAACAUCUUCAAGAAUUUGUUCGAAUACAACAAAAAUAUUUAGCAACUAAAAUGCAAUAUCAACUCAAUCGAUAUCAAGAUAUGAUUACAGAAAUAGACUUAUUCCAAACUUUCUCAAGUUCUCCUCUUACAAGUGAUCAGCAAACAAUGAUUGAUCGAUUUAUGCAUUUACAAAAAGAACAAGUACUUUUCUGUGAAGAUCUUCAAAAAUUGGAAGCUCGAGUAGCAAUCGAUAUUUUACCUCGAAGUUUCGAUGAAUUAGAAUGGUUGAUUGAAUUUGAUGAUUAUUUUCCUUUAAUUAAAGAUAAUAUUGCUGUUGAAUUCAAACAAAACAGACAUAAAAUUAUUCAAGAAGCUAAACGUACGUGGUUUAAUACAUAUAUUGAUGCAUAUGAAAGUCAAAUUGCAGAAGUCGAACAUCAAUAUGAAAUGGAAUUACAUCAAUUCGAAUUAACUAAUUCAAGUCACAGUUGUUUAAAUAAUGAAAUCACAACUCUGUAUCAAUCUUUUCUUAAUUAUAUCAAUCAUCGGAUAAAUAGAAUAAAAGAAGAGAUAGCCUAUGAAAAAAUACCUAUUUAUAAAAAAAAAUUAUUACGUGCUCAGCGACGUUCAAAAUUCACAAACAAAACAGUAACUCUCAAGCCGAAUGUCAUUGUCGAUCUCAUCUAUCAUCCAUUUACUGAUACUCAACUUGCUUAUCUUUCACGAGGACCGACAUACAUACGACCCAACCCAAGUGUAUUUUUUCCAAAAAAAACUGUACAAAAACGAAUUAAGAAAGAACAUGAUGAUACAAUGGCUAAAAUUAAGACGUACAUGUCCAAUUUGAAAGAUAUACCAAACAUACCAUUAUCAUCACCCGUAUAUAAAUCAUAUUCGAAUCAACUUCGAUCCUGUCUAACUCAAAGUUAUAUGACUCUCAUACCAUUAAUCGAUCAAAUACGUGCUCUGCGAGAAUUAAAACUUGUUCAAUCAAUUCGAAAAAAAUUAAAGAAAUAUAAACUUAUACUCCGUGAAACAGACAAAAGUGGUGUACUACAUAUUGGUCGUGCCAUUGAUUAUAAACGAAAAGCGGCUGAAUACCGACAAACCACAGGUGCUUAUGAAGAAUUAACUUCGAAUCCAUUCAAUGAUAUUAUUUGUACUGUAACUCGUUUACUUAAUCAAUUGAAAUCAAUGAAACGCAUAAGUGAAUGGCACAGAUCCAAAAUGCACCCUGUUCGGGAAAAGACAGAAUUAGCUUAUAUGUAUUUUAUUCCCAAACCACAUAAGAAAGCUACACCACUUCGACCCAUUUUAAAUACCAUACAUGCUGCAACUAAGCAAAUUUCUCAAUAUUUAGAUAAAUUAAUUCGACCAUUAUUCGAUCGAUUUGUACGUCAAACGACGAUUGUGGAUGGUGCUAACCUUCUUGAUCAACUUCAAAAAUAUAUUCAGAAUGGUUAUUUUAAUUCAUCGACUCUCUUCAUUACCUUCGAUAUUUCGAAUCUUUAUACUAUGCUACCACAAGAAGAAUCCUUAGCUGUGCUUGCUGAAUUUCUUCGUGUACAUAAUUGUGAAAAAGUCAAUGGAAUUUCAAUUGAUACUAUUGUGGAAUUAGGUCGUAUUGUACUUAAAGCCAAUGCAUUUGUCUGUGGUAACAAAUUUUAUCGACAAAUUAUUGGUGGAGCUAUGGGCUCCGCAUUUACUUUAACCUUAGCCAAUAUCUUCAUGUGGAAAUGGGAAAGACAAACUAUUUUACCAAAGUUAGGUUCUCAUGAGAUAUAUGGCCGAUAUGUUGAUGACGUUUUCUUUACAUCGAACGAAACCGAAGGCAAAGUCAAAGAAUUAUUAGAAGCUGCAAACAAUUUCCAUCCAAAUAUUAAAUUAGAAUAUACCAUUGGUAAAAGUGCUCCAUUCCUCGAUGUGUUUGUUAAGAACAACCAUGGUAUUCUGGCAUCAUCGAUCUAUCAUAAACCUUCGGCUCAACCAACAGUGGUAUCAUUUUCAUCCGAUCAUCCACGACAUGUCUUUCGAAAUGUGAUCCAAACGGCUCUCACUAGAGCGGUACGAUAUUCCUCGUCAUUUGAAGUAUUUAAUAACGAACGCCGUGCUAUUCGUUCCAUGUUCUUAUAUAAUAGAUAUCCAUCUACUUAUAUUAAUGAACAAUUCCAAAAAUUCUUUGCUGGCUAUAGGUUGUCAUCUACUUCGUCACUUUUACCAAUGACUACAGACGAAAGUCAAUUUUUUGCGUUACGUCAAACAUUAUCGAAUCAACCAACAGCUAAACAAACACAACUUGCUAGAAGUGUAGCUGCCGUCAAUCUCACACAAGAUACUCAACCAGUUCCCCAAAGAAAUACACAAUUAAUGGAGGCAACAAUCACACGAAAUAAUAUUAAAUUCAAAAACAAUAUCUUUGUUCAUGUUACACAUGAGGCCAGACUCAAAGGCUUAGCACGUGAAAUUCAUCUGAUACAUGAUAGUCACUUCAAGAAUACAAUCCAUGGAGAUAUUCGAUUGAUUGUCGGUUAUCGAAACAAUCCAAAUAUACAAUUCGAACUUUCACGUAAACGACCAUCUUCAUCAAUACUGAAAGAUCCAUUAAACAUGGAACAAAAACCCAAUGGAACCAAUGGCAACGGUGUGAAUACCUAA